AUGUCGGUGUGGCUUCCCCUACAAAUCCCCGACCCCGUCUUCCUCGCAGAGGCUCGUCUACUUCGUGGUCACGACCGUGGUCGGAGAUCAGCCAACGCCACCUAUGCCAGCCCUGCCUUCAGAGAAGCUUCUCGGGCAGCUCGUCGGGCCCGUUCUGUAAAUGAUCGCUCGGGUCAUGAUGCUCCUUCUUCUCAGCGCAGAGUUCGGCUGCCUUCCGAAGAUUCUGACUCAGAUGACCAGCCUUUGGCUCAGAGACUUCGCCGUAGGGCCCCCAACCCGAGCCAAGACUCAGGCCCUUCCGCUAUUCCUCCUUCUCCGCCUCCUGUUGCAACCCCCACUUUUCCUUCGCCUCCUAUUGUAACCCCGACUUCUAUCCCGAGCCAGGCAGAUGCUCCUCCCGCUCCACUCGAGGUUCUGGUCGAGCCUCUGCUAGCUCAACCUUCCACCUCGCCACAACAUCAGAGCACCGAAGCUGGCCCAUCACAUCGCCCUUCACCAGUUACCUCACCGCCAGAGCCUUCUCACGCGCCCCCUUCAGCUCCUUCUGAGUUGGCUGCUGGGCCUUCUGGCUCAACUACUAGGCCUUCACAGCCUCCACCACCUGUUCAUCACUAUUAUCGUACCACUGUUCCCUCUGAGGUUGAAUUGAGGUCCCAGCAAGAUGUUCCCACCAGCUCUCUCACAAUGAAAGGUCGUUUGGCCUGUGCAGAGUCCCUGAUAAUAAACCAGUCCUUCCAUGUUGUUCAUCAUCAAAAUAAGGUGCUACGAGAUAUAGUAACAGAAUUGGAACUUCAAUUGAAGGACCUUGCGCAGGCUAGUCAUGCCCUGAGAGCUGAAAUAAAGGAUCUGACCAAAAGGAAGACGCAUCUGGAAGUAUCCUUGGCGCGGGCUAACCACAAGCUUAAGGGCCUCCAAGAAGAAAAAAGCCAGGUCGAUGUCGUGCACCAGCAACGCAUAGAUCAACAAGCUUUGGUGCAUCAACGAGCCAUUGACCAGCUGACCCAGAAGCUACAUGCAGCCGAAACCUUAGCACAGCAGCAAGACAAGAAACUAAAAUCCCAAGCGACCCAAUUAACGUCUCAAGCAGCAGAACUUCUGACAGUCCGGACUGAACUGGCUCAAGCCCGGGCCACUGCUGAAGGAGUAUCUACAGCCCUGACUGUUUAUAAGGAAGGGGAGAAUGAUUGA